ACAGGAUUCAGAUUAUUUGGAGUCAGGCUGAAAAACAGAAAUAAAAAUUGAAUACCCAAGAGAGCACUGUCAAUUUUUCAAGUAGCUAGUGCUGCAAGUGUCUAAAAAAUAAAUACAGUUUGAUAAUUGUUCAAUUUACUUGUUGUGAAACAACGAUAGCACUUAGCUACAGUAUAGACUUCGACUGUGCAGUCUUUUUUAUAAACAUUUUAUGCCUAGAAUACUUUGAUUUUAAACUUAAAGUAUAUUUAAAAUAAACAAUAAAUUAACAUGCCGCUUGUUAAGAAACCAACUCGAUACGCCCAUCCAGAGGGUCAUACAGAUGUGUGUUAUUUCGAUGGUGAAAAGGGUGGACUCAUUACCUGUGGUACAGACGGAGAUGUUAGGGCUUGGGUAAAUUUGAUGGAUGAUGACCCAUCCGCGACUUGUAUUUCUGAGCAAGCCACUGCAGUGAUUUCAAAAAAUGAAAAACUGUACGUGGGUAAUGAUAAUAAUACCGUUCAAAUUCUUAAUCAUCCGGAUCUUGAUAAAGUGGGAGUAGUAACAAGAUUUUCAGCUACUGUUACGGCUUUAGCAACAAAUAAGAAAAGUAAUUUAAUAGCAUCAGGUGCAAGUGACAUGAGGAUUCAUAUUUCAAACAUUGUAACUAUGGAAAAUAUUGAACUAAAUGGUCACGAAGCCCCUGUACUGGGAUUAUCCUUAGAUCCCAAAGAUGAAUUUGUUGCUUCAUCAAGUGGUGAUACUUCAAUACGAGUUUGGAGUAUUAAAGAAAAAAAAGUUGUUCAAACAUGGAACAAUGUUGUUCCAAAAUGUAACUCAUUUUAUAAUGCAAAAACUUAUUCAGUACCAUCAUUUUGUCCUAAAAGUGGGGCAUAUCUUGCAUAUCCUCAAGGAAAAGAAGUUAUUGUAACAGAAAGAUCAUCUUGGCAAGAAGUCUUCAGAUUAAAAUCAGAUGAAAUUAAAAAUGACCUCAACAUUUGCAAAUUCUCUGAAUGUGGAAAGUAUUUAGCUGCAAGUUCUGUGUAUGGGGAAUUGAUUGUUUGGGAUAUUUCAAGCAAAGAUGCAGUAGGCUUUGUAGAAUAUCAUCAGAAUGCAAAAAUUACAGCACUUGUUUGGAAUCCUAGUGAAUCUAAUGAAAUUGCUUUCUGUGAUUCUCUUGGUCAACUUGGCUGUGUUGAAGUUAUUAUUUCAAAUAAAACAAACUCUACCAAUUAUCAUUCUGAAACAAAACAAAAUAAAAUUACAGAAGAUGAUAAUGGUGACAGUAAUGAUGAUAAUUUGGAUGAUAUUUAUAAUAAUCAUGACAAAUAUUCUGAUGAUGACGAUGACGACAUGUCUUCGAUUAAUAAAAUAAAGGCAUCUGUUCUGGACCAUGACCAGAAGUCAGCAUCUGAUGUUGCAUCUAUAAAAAAAGAUGAUGAAAAACCUUUUGUGCCAGAAUUUAAUUUACAAGAACCGUUUCAACCUGGAUCUUCUCCAAGCCAUUUACUAAAUCGUUACAUGGCUUACAACGAUGUGGGUAUUGUAAUGUGUUUUUCUCAAGAAGAUCAAGAAACUUCUGAAAUACAAGUUGAUUUUCAUGAUGUUAAUAUUCAUCAUAAUAUGCAUAAGAUGAAUUAUUUCAAUCAUACGAUGGCAGCAUUAUCUACAGCUGCUCUUGUACUUGCUGCACCAGCUUCAGAAAUUGACACUCAGUUGACUCCUAGUAAACUUGUUGUUGUGCCUCUGCAAGCAUGGGGUCCAGGAAAUAAAGAAUGGAUGAUAGAUUUACCAGAAGGGGAAGAUGCUUUAGCGGUUGCAGCUGGAUCAAAUUUCGUUGCAGUUGCUACAACUUCUAGGAUGUUACGACUUUUCAUGCCAUGUGGUACACAGAGGGAAAUCAUUGCAUUACCAGGAGAAAUUGUGGCUAUGAAUGGAUUGGGACAAAAUUUAGCUGUUGUUUACCAUUCAAGUAUAGGAAUUAGUGCAAAUGAUCAGAAUAUGGGCUUGCUAUGGAUAAAUGUGCUGGGUCCAAAUUUGAAAAGUAAAACACUACCUAUUCCACUUUCCACCGAAGCAACUUUAAUGUGGGUAGGAUUUUCCGACCUUUACUCUCCUGUGGUAAUGGACUCAAAGGGUAUCAUUAAUAUUUACGAUAAAAAAGCAAUGUUAUGGAGAGUAGCAUGUGAUACUAGCAGAAUGAAUAAAGGCAAAUUUGACCACUACUUUAUUAUUGGAAUCAAUGAAUCGGAUCGAACCGCAAGAUGUAUCCUUUGUAAGGGAAGUCAUUAUCCACCAACAUCGCCGCGACCGAUUGUUAGCGAAAUAUCUUUGACAGUACCACUUUGUGAUCCUGAUACCGAGAGAUCACAAAAAGAAGCCAAAGUGUGGCAGUUCGGAAGCAAUCCAAUGGAUGAAGAAGAUGAUCUUCUAAUGCUAAUCGCUCUUGCUAUUAAAUAUAAUGCCGAUUUCCGUGCCGUAGAAUUAUGUCAAUAUAUUGCGUCUGAGAGAGUUUUGAGAUUGGCAAUUAAAUUUGCUGACAGAAGCCAAAAAUUGUCUUUGGCAAAUAAAUUAAAAGAUAUUGCUGAUAGCAAGGAGCCCGAUGAAGUUAUGAAAGGAGUAGAUUCUCAAGAAGACAUGUUUAAUGAUGAAAUUAAUAUGGUAGAAGAUCAAGAAGAUCUGUUACUAACACCUGUUGUUAAAACACCUGAAAUACAGAUUAAACCUUUAACACCUAGUCAGCCAUUUAGAAGAAGUAAUCCUUUUUUGAGUAAAAAAAGUACAACACCGGUUUCAAAAGGCUUAUCGGGACUAGAUAAAGUUGAAGUGUCAACAAAGCCUGAAUCUAAUUCACCGGUACUUGCAGUACCUAAUAAUAGUAAGGUGAAUAAAUCAAAUGGCAAACCUGAAGCAAAAGAAUUAUUUACAAAGUGGUAUCCAAAAAAUAAGAGUGCUAUCGAGAAAGAGUUUAAGGGAGAUAGCAAAGAGCGAAUUAAAUACGCUUACCAGAAAUACCAGGCCGAAUUGAAUAACCAGAUUGAUGGUAAUAGUAGUAUGACAGAAGAGGAUACGAGUAAAAAGAGAAAAUUAGACGACGAAAACAGUAACAGUGACAAUCAACCUAAGCGAACUGCAAGUGAAAAGCUAUCUAUGUUUGCGCGAAACUCGUAAUGUAACUGUUUUGAUACUUUCAAUUUUAAGUACAUUUAAGUAUGACUUGUUGUUUUAUCCGUAAUCGUAUUUUGCUUUGUUAAACGAGAUGUAUUGUCAAAAAUGUACAUAUUUGAUAUGCAUAUAUUUUUACAAUAUGUAUAAAAACUUUAUUAAUGAGGAGGCAUCGGUUCGCUUGAAUUUUCUAUUAAAAAGAAAUUUAUCUUACUUGA